GAAGUGUCCGCAAAAAACCUAUGCAAUCAAAAGAGCGCAAUUCAUGAUCAGUAAAAACAACAACAUCACCUGUAAGCCUUGUCCUCGCGGGGGAAGCUGUCUUGAUGGCGUCGUCAAAGCGAGGCCAAAUUUCUGGGGAUACAAAGCUAACACCUCGAUCAAGUUCGCGCAAUGCCCGCCGGGAUAUUGCUGCAUUUCCAAGGAUUGCGUCAGCUAUGAUAGUUGCCAUGGUAACCGAACUGGAACGCUCUGCGGUCAUUGCGCCAGCGGAAUGUCCGAUGGUUUGUUCAGUUCGUCCUGUAUUUUUAAUGCGAAAUGCUCAGUUUCUUUAUUCAUCCCUAGUGCACUAGCCAUAUUGAUCCUCUACCUUAUCUUCUUCCUUUACCACGAGGAGAUCGAAAGGAUUAUCUCGAAAAUUCUUUUUAGCAGCUUGAAGAUUUUCACCUCGCGGCGAAUUCCUGCUAGAACCCCAACGAAUGAAAGAAAUCGACGCGGUGGACUGAUAAAAGUGGUUUUCUAUUACUACCAAGUGGUACGAUUGCUUCAAGGCACCGUAGGAUCGCAGAAACGAAAUCAUAUACUUGGAAAACUGGAAGAUUUCAUCGCACGACUUUUGAACAUGAUUUUGGUCGACACGGCGCUAUUGAAUUGUCCAUUUCAAAGUCUUCAACCCGUUCAGAAAACUGCGAUACUGCACUCUGUUGGUUAUUUCCUGUUAGGAUUGUUGGCAAUACUUUACAUUAUCACUGUGCUUGUUCUGUAUCUUCAAAAAUUUUUAAAAAACUCUGGAUACAACGAGAUGACGAACAUAGUAGCAAAUGAAGAAGCCAGGCAGUCAUGGACGUUCAAGGCGCGCAUUGCUUCAGCUUUUACCUACAUAUCAUUAUUGAUGUACGCCUCUUCCACCCAGCUCUGCCUCUCCCUUCUUCAUUGCGUACCAGUUGGAAACAACCAGGUGCUGUUUCUUGAUGGGAAUGUAAAAUGUUACCAAACAUUUCAAUAUAUUCUUCUUGCCUACGUAAUAUCAUCGGUGUUUCCGUUUUGUCUCGUGCCUGUCCUUGGGGCGUAUCUUUUGAAAAUAAAUCGCAUUUCUGUUUCACAAUUCUGCAUCGCAUGCAUAUUCCCGUUGUCAUUUUGUUGUUUUUGGAUCUAUUUGGUACUCAGGGAGUAUCGCUGGCAGAAGCGAGCUGGCAAUGACAAUAGAGAAUCCAGCAAAAAUUUUGGAGAGGCUUGUGAAGAUUAUUGCGUUGAAAAUCCUUCUGAAGAUCAGCCAACCAACCAACAGUUACUAGACCCAGUUCAUUGUCAACGUGAACACAGACACAGCUGUUGCCAGGGGGAAAUACGCGAGGACAGGCCGACAUGCGAUAGUGGUUGUAGGAUCCAAAACAACGAAGUCAUUCUUCGAAUUCUUCUUGGUCCAUUCAGACAUCACAAAGCAUUCCUAUGCUUCCCUGACUCUAUUCUUCCUUGGGAAGGUUACUUGAUAUUCAGAAGGCUGGUUCUUAUAAUUGUGCUCACAUUCGUGCACGAUAAUCGACUCAAAAUGAUGCUAACUUUGACACUCUGUGUCAUUAUUCUCGCAUCUCACACGUACAUUAAACCUUUCACUCGUCCAAGUGUCAAUGCCAUUGAAUCACUUUCACUUUCUGUUUUGACUGUUCUUUGUGGUUUCACUUUAAUCAAAAGCCUUUAUUAUGGCGAGGAUUUCGCAUCGCUUUCAGACGAUGUCGCUUUACUCAACGUCUUCAAUACGAUAGAAAAUAUCCUUGUUGUUGCUCCGUUGGCGAUCCUACUACUCAUAGUAGUAUUAUCUGUGUUGGGAAGGUUAAUGGUACUGAUUCGAAAGUGCUCUAGAUAUUGCAGGAAGUAAUUAAUUACAUCGUUUUCUCGACAGUCCGAGGACAAGUAUACAGAGGAAAGAGGCGUUAUCUUAGAAAUUAAGUGUUGGGUUACAGCCGAAGGCGAGACCCUAAGUGUGUAUAAACUUACAAGAAAGCAGAAUAAAGAGAUGGCUGAAUAGAUGGAAAAGAACAUCCAAAUUAUGCAGUGCACAUUUAUGAUCAACACCUGUAUAUUCAAAAAUUUGAUGCACUCAAACGUACACAAACAAUGAUUGAGUGUGACAUAGAAGUUUUGCUAUCACUGUGAGUUUACUCUUAGAAUACAGGCGUAAACAUUAUUGUGCGCAUAAAUAAGUAGAUUUAAAAUCAGUAUUUUUAUAGCUUCGACGUGUCGCUAAUGUGAAGUGGUGACAUUUGUAACAUCUAAUUUUCAAUAUUCCUCUAAAUAAUAUCAUUAGU